CGAGCCGAGCGCGCGGCCCCGAGUCCGUCGAUGGGCAGCCCCGCCGCGCCCGGGCCCGGCCCCGCGCCGUGGUGGAAUUACUUUUUCCUUUAUGAUGGUUCAAAGGUUAAGGAAGAGGGAGAUCCUACAAGUGCUGGCAUUUGUUAUUUUUAUCCUUCUCAGACUCUUCCUGACCAGCAGGAACUGCUGUGCGGACAGAUUGCAGGAGUGGUACAUUGUAUGACUGAAAUUUCUGGAGUUCCUCCCAGUCUUAUUCGGCUGAGAAAGCUUAAGUUUGCAGUUGUAGUGGAUGGAGACUAUCUGUGGGUUCUGGGCUGUUCUGUUGAACUUCCUGAUGUCAGCUGUAGACGAUUUCUGGAGCAGCUGAUCAGCCUCUUCAGGUUUUACAAUGGACCUGUGCACCAUGCUUACACGGCACUUUCUCAGGAGGAACUGAGCAAGCAGUGGGACAAGUAUAUUGAACAUAUCCAAAAAAACACUGGUGACCUCCACAAGAUUUUUAAUUCUCUUUGGAAUCUGGACAAAACCAAGGUGGAUCCCUUGCUUUUACUGAAAGCAGCUCUCAUCUUACAAACUUGCCAGCGGUCUCCCCACAUCUUGGCAGGCUGCAUUCUCUACAAAGGCUUGAUUGUGAGCACCCAGCUGCCACCUUCUCUUACUGCCAAAGUUCUCCUCCAGGGCAAUGAAUCUUCAGGGCAGAGUGAGCCUGGAGAUGAGGAGCAGCGGGAGCCUGAUUCUCCAUUGCCACAGGGAGUUCGUAUCAUCCCAGUUUUCCUAACAGAAGAUGAGGUCUCAGUGCUCCGAGACUUUCCAGUGGAGUGGAUGAGUAGGUCAUCCAUGUCCCCAGCAAGUCCAAGAGGAGAAAAGGACACUCUCUGCCUUCAAGUGGUUUCAGAAUCAACAGAGGUUCCUGAAAACCAAGACCUGAACAGUACCUCUGUACACGAGUCCCUUGAGCAGGCUUCAAGCACAGCUGCACCAGAAGAUGCUCUACAGACAGGCAGCCUUGCAAACACAGGUCCUUUGAAGGGCUUCCCUGAACCCGAAGCCAGUGCAAAGAAUUCUCCAGCUGCAGAACUGGACAGCCCAGAGAGCAAAAGCCCAGAGCUAAGUGUCUCAUCAGAGACACAUCUGGAAGAGCUGCCAAGCACUUCCGAACUCCAUACUGCUGAUUAUGCUCAGACUACAGGUCCAUCUCUGGAAGGCUUUUUCUUCCCAAAUCCUUAUGUCCAGGAGCAGGAGCAUCAGAGCAUGGGGAAAUCUGUUGUGGACUUUGCUGUUAAGCAGCACAGUUUCCAAAGGUGUCCUGUGGCCAAUGGCAGUACAUCUGUUUGCUCUCCUGUUCAAGAACUAAGCAAAAGGAAGGCAAGUGAACAAGACAAGCAAGGGACUGUCAGGCGGAACAGUAUCCUUGGAAAAAGCAGUGGUGUAACUGGUAGUGAUGUCUGGGGUUUGGAUCGUCUGACCACUGCUGUACAGCCAGAGCACAAAAGCAGGAGUUUGCUGCCUGCCACAGACGUCCAGGAGAGUCUGCCCGCUGACCCAGCAGAGAACACAGGCUGUCCCAGCGGUGGGGAGAGUGGCUCACCUUUUCAGGUGGACAGCCUGGGGGCUCAGGGUGGUGUCGAUUCAGGCAAACAGUGCAAACCAGUUAGGAUGAGCUUGUAUGUUCACUGCAUUAAGGGACUAGUGCUCUCCCUGCUGGCUGAGGAUCACGUCAAAGAUGACCAGAGCGCCAUUGCAGAUGUGUACCAUAGCAGUCUGGCUUCUCUAAAUGGCCUUGAGGUUCAUCUGAGGGAGACUUUGCCCAAAGACUCCUCUUCUUCCACCAAGACAACCUACAGUUUCACUCACUAUGACAGCAUUCAGAAUGUACUCACAGCUAACCUGCCUCAUACACCUGGCCCUAUGGAUCGGCACUUCCUGAGAGCUGCUACGCUGAUCCACUCUGACUUCAGUCACUUUCCAGAUGUUUCAGAAAUGAUAAUUAGGAAUGCCUCCACUGCCAUAUAUGCCUGCCGGAAUCCUGUCCAGGAGACCUACUUCCAGCAGCUGGGCACUCCACUCCGCAACUCGGGUGUUCCCAACCCUCACGACAGCGCGUUCAGCUUACCAAGCAAGGCCAAGCAAAAGCUGCUGAAGCAUGGAGUGAACCUGCUUUGAACUGAUGCACUGAGGCAACCUGUCUCAGCAUGCGCUAAAAGUCAGUUCAUCUCCAGUAAGCAAAAUCUCAAACCCAUUUAUUCUGGUGGAGGCUUUAGGCUCUGUGCUAAGUCUAUGGGGUCUCCAUUCUGCCUUGCCUUGGUGAAGGAGCACUCUUACUGCCCUGUGCCUGCAGCACAUUUUGUGCUAACGCAGAGUAUUGUGGAUGUGACCACUUACCAAAGACUGAGGAUAGAAAAUUGCUAUGUUGGGAUGCUUAGUUUACAUUCACUAUAGAACUAUUCAUACUACUCUACCCUCGUAGGCAGAGCCUCCUGCCUUGACCUAAAGUAAAACUGUUUUCUUGCUCUAAGCUACACAGGAUGCCGGGUCACUGUGCAGUAGUUGCUUUCAGAGAUGUCAGUCAGACAUCUGCCUGGAGUUCUGUGCCUACACUUGCCCUGGUCAGACUUGGGCUUUAUUUAUACCUCUUAAUCUGCAGAAAUGAUCCCCUGCCACAGUGUAAUUCCUUACCUUGAAUUAACGGAGCCUGCAUGUUCUCAGACUAACUGGAAUAGAAUAAGUGCUGCAGAACUAAUAAUCCUCCUAUAGUAGUUAUCAAUAGGUUUUUAUACUGUAGCUGAACCGGGAAUAUCCUUGUCCUCCUUUGCCUAUUCAGAGAUUGUGCAGUACGCUGUUGUUUUCCACACUCCCCACCAAAUGCAGAAAGGUGCUGUAACCUGCUAGCCUCCUGUAGGGGCCUUGAUGGUGUUGCCUGUGAAACUGAAUGCACUACAAUCCUGCCUGCUCCUAGGCCUUCUGCUUCCUCCCCUCCCUUCUCUGCAGGUACAGUUGUUGGAGUACCUUGUUUCACCUCCUUGCUCUCUUAAUGCUUGAUUUGUCUACACUCUGUUGACAGAAGAGGCAACUGGGAGCUCCUUAAGCGAAUGGGAUGAAAGAGACUUUAUAGCUCCUUUGUGGUUGUUGUCAUUUUGUGUAAACAGACUGUAUGUCCCCUUUCUGCAGCUUGGGGUAGGGAUUGGCAUUGAGGGCUGCUUAGACCUGAGAGAUGGACACUUGCCAUCUGACAGGGCUGUAUGCUGCAGAGAGUGUUACUGGUGCAUAUACACACAUCACUGUAACUGAAAAUAAAGUAGAGUCCCCAAGACUCAUUUGUCCAAGGCCAAA